UGGUGAGGAAGUUAGCUCAAGAACAAUAUAAGCGCGGAUCGCCAACAGAAGAACUUUCAUUAAUAUUUCAGCCGCAUCCGAGAGAGGAUCUCGUGGUCUUGCCCGGAUGUUUAUUAUCGGUUAGAACUCCAUGCCAGGAAGUUGUGAACAUCUUCAAAAAGAUUAACCUGACAAGGAAGAACCAUGGGUGAUUUCGGUGUUCUUAACGUGUCUCCAGUUGAUGAUGUACGAGUGAAGAGUGUUCGCGAGUUUUACAAAGAUUCUACAAUCUUGCUAACCGGUGGAACAGGUUUUAUUGGAAAAGUGUUACUUGAAAAACUGUUGCGAUGUUUCGAGGUGAAAACGGUGUUUCUGCUGAUACGGCCAAAGCGUAACAAAACGGUAGACGAGCGACUCGACGAGGUGUUUGAAGAUGUGGUUAGUUUGUGGUUACCAAAUGCGAAUAUAUUCGACGCCAUCAAAACAUCUCCGAACGGUGGAAAGCCUCUUUUGGCGAAAGUGAUCCCAAUCGAGGUAAAUUUUCAAUCGGAUGUGGUUGUAUCAACGGCAGAUUAUCAUCGAUUACUGGCGGCACAAGUGGAGGUUGUGUUUAACGUGAUGGCGUCAGUAAAGUUUAACGAAGACAUCGAAACGGCAAUCGAUACGAAUGUGCUUUCCUCGCGUAAGUUGUUCCUGCUAGCUCAACAGCUUCCUCACAUCCAAACGAUCGUACACGUAUCGACGUUUUACUCUAACUGUCAUCGAUCCCACAUUGAGGAACGUAUUUACGAGGACUUACCAUUCGGAGGGUUCGAAAACAUUCUCGCCCUCUUUCGCUAUCUAACGCCAGAGGAGAAGGAUCGUUUGAAGCCAAUUAUUCUUGGACCAAUGCCGAACAGCUACACAUUCAGUAAGCGAUGUGCUGAGGUAAUGAUACAGCAACAGUUUGCUCAGCUACCGAUCGCCAUCUUUAGACCACCGAUAGUAACGUCGGCCUAUCGGGAACCAACGCCCGGAUGGGUAAACAAUUUCAACGGACCGGCUGGUAUGGUGGUACCGGUUAUACGUGGUCAGGUGUACUGGUGUUACGGGGCAGAUGAUGCCACUGUUCACAUGGUUCCGGUGGACUACUGUGUCAACGCACUAUUGGCCGUUGGAUGGGAUAACAGUCAACGGAAACGGAAAAUUAAGACUACCACGCGCGAGGUAGUCCCGGUGUAUAACUAUGCAUUCCGGGACAAUGUAUUCCGAAAUCGAGAUGCCGGGGCAUUGCUUGCCAUUGGAAUUGACUCCAUUCUGGGAAGGAUAUUUGGCCGUUAUACCAUACACAUCACAUCUUCAACCUUUAUGAGAAAGCUGUUCAUCAACUGGUUGCUACUUCAGGCCUGCGUCGCGGAUAUUUUCAACAAACUAACGGGCAAAAAAGCAAAAAAUUAUGAAACUAUCAAACGAGUGGUGGCUCUAGAAGACUCUACGAGUUACUUUCGCUGCCACUCAUGGACAGCGGAGAAUGGUAACGUUCGUAAACUGUGGGACCGAUUACCGGCAGACGAUCGGCAACUGCUACCAUUCGACGUCGAAACGCUUGAUUGGAAGGAUUAUUUUAAGUUUUUCGUGAGCGGUGUAGCUGCCGCUCUGAAGCGACAAUCAGCGGCAAGACAACGCAUUCGACAACAAACGCCUUCAAACGUGGGAAAACGCGUAUAGGUCAAUGUCCCUUUAUUAACUACUAAUUAGCUCUCCAACUU